GUAGCAGUUUAAUCCAAUUUUAAAAUUGAUAUUAAAUAUGUAUCAGAAGCACUUUGUUAAUAUAAACGUUACGUUUUGCCCUUCAAACACUUUAUUUAUAAAGAAUCAAUGGCAUUUUCACAAACGCGAACGCUGUGGGGGAACUACAUCUCCCAGAAUGCUUUGCGUCUUUGCCGUAUUCAAUCCGUCCUGUCGCAAAUCAAAACAAACCACGGGCGCCUGGUAGGCGGAUUCCCUAAAUAUAGAACACGUUUACUUUGCUAGAAUGUUGUUUGCACGCUAUUGAGUAAUAUUUGUUAGCUGUCUAGUAGAUUUCUUUAAUUAUGGAACUCACCGCUGCCAGAUCAACGUUUUAUGGAGACAUCGGUCAUUGGGCUGAUCGCACGCCGGUACAUGAGGCUGCGUCUCUAGGUCGAGCUCUGCAGUUAAAGCAGCUGAUAGAAGCAGGAGCAUCCGUUAAUAUCGUGUCUGUGGAUAACUUCACCCCUCUGCAUGAUGCUUGCAUCCAAGCCCAUCCAAAGUGUGUUCAGAUACUGCUGGAGGCAGGAGCUCAGGUGGAUGUGCGCACCAUCCAUGGCAGUACUCCUCUCUGUCACGCCUGUGCUGCUGGCAGCAUAGAAAGUGUCAAGCUGCUGGUGGAUCACGGAGCAUCAAUCAACCCUUCCCUGACUGCUCUGACCGCUUCACCCCUCCAUGAGGCCUGCAUACGAGGUAACCCAGACUGUGUGCAGCUUAUGAUAGACAAGGGAGCGCUGUUGGAGGCCUUUGACAUUUACUUUGGGACGCCGUUACAUGCUGCCUGUGCUAAAGCUCACUUUGACUGCGCCCUGCUGCUGCUCAAUGCAGGUGCAAGGGUGAAUGCCACCAAGUUCCAUGAGACGGCACUGCAUCAUGCGGCGAGGGCUGAGAGAGUGGACCUGGUGGAGCUGCUGGUGGAGUUUGGUGGAGAUGUUAAUAUAACUGAUAACUUGGGUCACAAACCUAGAGACUAUACAAAACUGGAAUCUCCUGCCAGUCUCUGUCUGCUUCACUAUGAGAGUAACCCUCUGUCUCUGCAGCAGCUGUGCCGUAUUGUCCUAAGGACUGUGUUGGGCACCAGAGCUCUGGAGCUGAUCCCUAAACUGGACAUUUCACAGCGCAUCAUUGAUUACCUCAUUUAUAAAGUUCCCUAGAGUUCCUUAAAGACAUAUGUGACCCCGGACCACAAAACCAGUCUUAAGUAGCAUGGGUAUAUUUGUAGCCAUAGCCAAAAAACCCACUGUAAAAAUUAUACAUUUUUCUGUUAUGCCAAAAAUCAUUAGGAUAUGAAGUAAAGAUCAUGUUCCAUAAAGAUAGUUUGUAAAUUUCCUACCAUAAAUAUGUCAAAACUUCAUUUUUGAUUAGUAAUAUGCAUUUCUAAGAACUUCAUUUGAACAACUUUGAAGAUCGUUUUCUCAAUAUUCAGAUUUUUUUUUGCACCUUCAGGUAUCUCGGCCAUCAAUGGAAAUCUUAUUUAUUCAGCUUUCAGAUAAUGUAUAAAUCUCAAUUUCAAGAAAACGAAUGGUUUUGUGGUCCAGGGUCACUAUUUUGUUUCGAAACCCUUAAUGAACUGCAGUUUGUAAUGUCUUAAGUUUUUGAGUGAAUUAAUUUAAUUCUAUAUAAAUAACCCUGUAAGUUCAUAACCUUAUGAGCCCUGUGUUUACAUAAGUGGAGUUGUGUUGACUUGUGAAUGUACCACAUUGGUUUGAAAUAUUUUGCAAUGCAAAUGUACAAAUAAUAGAACCAUUUUUAUUACAGUUCCCGCUGUACAACUCAAGAUCAAUUUCACUUUUAAAUCAGGCUGCUUUUUUUAACCAGCUGUGAACAUGUUGAUGUAUGAAGACCAGAAAGUGUCCAAAUACCUUUUGUCUUCAAAUUGUUUUAUAAUUUAAACUUAUGAAACUUUUCUUGCUUAAAAAAAGUCUUUGUGAUUAAUGUAAUCACAAAAUAAAUGACAAUAAAUUGGUUUUCAACCAGGAAGUUC